AUGGAACUGCCCUGUGAUGUCACUGUUAUCAUUUGAAUCACAGCAUGUUUCAAAAUUUUAUCUGAGGGGACACAUAAAGAGUUUUGAUCAAUCGCAAGUCAGAACAUCAGCGCACAGAGCAUAAACAAGCAGCUACACGCAUCGCACAGCAAGAACAAUUUCAGCUACAACAUAUUUUAUUUGCAUUUUCACGUUAUCCUCUUUGGACAAUGUCUCAGCAAAUCGAACAUUUCGUGUCUGAAGUACCCUCAUCCACACCCCCAGCACCUCCAAAGCCUUCAUGGGGUGAUCUCAUGGACGCUGAGGACAGUGGGCUGGAGAACGUUGAACCCUCCUGUUUCUAUAAUCCCUGGAGCACGAAAACCACCAGCCAGGUAGAGGAGCAGAAGGUAGAGGAGCAGAAGGAGCAGGUUAAAGAACAGCAGAUGCCUGUUAGAAUCAAGAAGCUCCCUAAGGAACGCCUCAGCAAGAACACCAAGACAGUCAAACUGAUGCUGAGGAAUCUUGACCCCAGUGUGGAUGACAGACGCCUGCAAGAAGAGUUCCUGCGAUUUGGAACUGUCAUCAGUGCAAAGGUCCUGAUGGAGAAUGGCUUCUCCAGAGGCACUGGGACUGUCAGCUAUUCAUCUCCUGAUGAAGCCAGAAAGGCCAUCUUGGAGAUGAACGGCAGGUUGUUGGGCAGCAGGUCGGUGUAUGUGACUCCGUCUCAGAGCAAGAAGGAGCAUGGAGGAAGGCAGAGAGAAAUGAAGGAGAUUAGCCAGCCUACUGAACCCUACCCAAAUCCAUACAACAACAUCCACAGCCACAGCGUGAACUGGGAGAAAAGCAGUAGGACAAGACCACGAGCAGAGCGCAAACCACACUGCAGUCCAUGGAUGCACAGGUACUAUGCUGAUUAUAUUUCCAGGGACUUUUAUUAUUUGAACCAGGUUUUGGUCAAGUGCUGUCUCACAUUUUUAGCUUAAUAACUGGCUUAAUACUGAGUGAUUGAUCAGUAUGUACUCUUAAAGCCCCCAGUGCAAACACCCACAUGCACACACACAAACAUUAGAUACUGACUCUGCUCUCUGUUCUAUAGAGAGUCGAAUUCUUUGUGAAGAAUCUGGACUACAGUGUGGAUGACAGUGUGGAUGUGAUAUAUAAACACACACACACAAAUACACUGUGUAAAGUAACACGUCUCUGCUUUUCUCUUUCAGGUCGCCUCUGUGUCGCACCUACCCACUGGAUGAAUAAAUAUAUAUUACAAUUGCAAAAUGUUGCAUAAACGGUCGGGAUCUUUAUCAUACUAAAUAAAUGUUGGUGUAAAUAACUCACACAGUAACAGCAGUAAAUGUGGUCUCUUUCUUUUUUGUUGCAUUUUUUUCUUGAAGUAGAUAUGAACACCAUGAUCCGUGCUUCUUCUUGAUCUUUGGUUAUAUCUGACUUUGGUUAUGUUAAUCACCAAUUCUUUUCACACCACACCCUGUAACUGUAUGAUAGACAAUCCUCUUGAUAGUAAAGUGUGCUUUUUUUUGCAUAUUUGUUUUAAAAAUCAUGGGGCCCCCAGUGAUCCAGGAUCCCUAAGCAACCACUUACACUGCUUAUAGCAAGAAACCGCCCUGCUUCAUAAUAUUCUGAUAUGACACACCUGACCCAUCUUACAUUAAACCUUUUACACUGACCAUACAUCAAUUACCUGUCACUAAUUAAAUAUUCAAAAUACCCUGCCCAGGGGCAUUUCCAAAACUUUAAUGUAUGAGGAGCUCAGGAUUGUGAAUAUCACGAUUAGCUGAUGUCUAAGAACAACAGUGUGAAUUCAUCAAGACAAUUCAUUGGCUUUCUCCCCUCCCUGUGUUGGU